GGGGGAGGGUGGGCGGUACCAAGAAUGGAGGCGCAACUCGCCGUAUUGUGAGUGUCAUUGAUAAUGAACAUGAACCUGAAGGCCAAGUCCCUGGAGGUGAAGGUGAUUUGCGAAACGAUGAUCAACGUACUAGCGAAGAAUUUGUUUCUGCACGCGGCGGCGGCACCAGUCGAGGAGGUCGUUUUUUGCCGGGUGGUGCCACGUCCACCUUGGUGUCUACCUUUGCCCAAGGUGAACAGGGGCCUGCCCACGGGCAUCAUGAAGCCACCGGCGUUGGUGACGGAGAGGGCAGCAUGGUGGGGACGAGAGGUUCAAAAGGUCAGAGGGACCUGCGUUUCACCCAGGACUUUGGGCAAGACCGACAAUUUACGCCAGCGGACUGGUCCUCGGCUCUGUCGUCCUCUCGGAUCGCGGCUCCGGCACACGAACGAGCACCGGAUCUCCUGAAAUCCGACCUUUUGCUGCGAGAAAGGAGAUAUCCACUGCGAAAGUAUCGCACUCGUCGUUCUAAUCGCAAUACUACACGACGGGUUGGGGUUCGCUCUCUUAUUUGAAUCUGCAUGAUUUUUCUAUUUGCAAACAUUUGUCAUGCGAUUUCUACUAAUGCAAUACGACUACGAGGAUUACGAUAAAAACGAAAACGAUACUUUUGCAAUGUAAAGGAGAGUAAACCUAAGCAAAGCCAAGGCGCGCCUACACGAGCCAGAUGACGAGCAGUCGGCAACCAGCAGGCCCGUGCAGGCGGUACCACUUUCUCCGGGACCAACGAGCAUGGAAGUUAUGAAAGUGAGUGCACACGAAGAACUGCCCCUCCGCCUCAUUUGUCAUGGACAAACGCAACUCCUCUGCCUGCCGUUGCCUUGUACUUAGCACUAUCUCGCGUGUUAUGUUGAAAAAGUGCAUUUGCAGCAUUCAGAAUAGUACUAAGAUCCAUGCGCAAGCGCAGACUUGCAAUGCAGAGCGUGCAAGCAUUUCUUUUCCUGCUAAACUUCUUCUUACUUGCUAGUCCUCCCUUCCAAAUGAGACGGUGGGGGAAUCGUACACUCCCAUAACGCGCGGCACUGAUUCUGCAACCACCACCUCGUGGCACCUAUGCUUCGUUAAUUUGCAGUCUGGGCAUGCUCGUGAAAAAAGGCAAUGCUGAGGACUAUCACUCGAGCCGUUUUUGCGCAGAACUCCGUAGUAUUUCUUUGCAGCUCUGGUCUCUGUGCUGAUAAAAGUACUUGACAGGCAUGUGAAUAUGCUUAUAUGCGACGAGCAUCGUCAACAUGGAGCUCUUCCUCUGAAGAUUUUCUUUGAGGAAUACUCACGUGAAGGCCGAUCUAGAAAUUCUUCCGAACAAAUAUAUAAAUAAAGUCAUAUGAUGCUUCUAUAUUCUUUUCAUUUGGCAGAGCCCGGACGUGUUUAUUACAUUUGAUAUCCCUGGUUGUGCGGUGUGGUUUUGUCGAUCGCUUCGUCGUUUCUCUGCACCCUGGGGCUGAUCUGCCAGAAGCUGUCGCUGUUGCGGGCGAGGCCCUGGAUUUGGUAUUUCGGUAUGGCGCUGUGGGUGAUCGGUCAGCUUUUGAUGCCCGUUGCCCUUGUCCUGGCCCCAAUUUCGCUGCUGGCAUGUCUUCUGCCGUCGUCCCUGGUGAUCUCCAGCUUUUUGUCACCACUGCUGCUAGGGGAACACUUUACGCGGUUGCACGUCGUUAGCGGGCUUUUGAUUUUCUGCGGUUGUCUGGUCGGGGUGCUGUGCGGCCGCCGCCAGGAAGAAAACGUGAGGGACAUGGGCCCGGUCGCCAUUGCGCACAAGUUCACCAGCCCGCUGUUUCUCUGCGUGCUGGGGACCGUGCUCGUGCUGGUGUGGCCGGAGGGACGGACCAUUUACCGCGAGUACAUCCUGCCCUGGCUCUUCAGCACCAGGUCGGUUGAUGUUGUAUCUACUUCCGGGAGAGUUGAAAAAAAUGCGUUGCUGACUGGUAGAAGCUGCUCGCAGCCGGGAUCUGUCAGAACUUCUCCGCGACACAAAGAACAACCCGGACCAGACUCGCAGCGCAGGCAGGAAUUAUCGGGGGAGGAGAGACGAGCCGCUGACGAAUCUGCAACCAAGGCAACGACCACGCUCACUUGUUACGGUUCCGUGCCGACGUCGCAAAAGAUGAGGAGUGUUUCUACCUCAACAACCAGUACGCUGGCACCUGGAAGUGCGAGCAUGACGCGUAUCGAAGCAAGCUCCCUGCGCGACUUUGCAUCUGGGUCUUCGUGCAGCGAGGACGAUUCGAACGGAAAGCGGCCGCACUCGCCAGGUAGGACCCUUGUCGAUGAGCAAUCGCCAGGAGCUUGCAAUGCAAACAACGAGUAUCAGCAGUCGCACACGGGGACAGAGGUUGGGCACGAUGCGGGGCAUGAAAAGAUGAAUCGUGCCAACGAAUGCGGAACGGAACCGGGGCAACAUGCUGAGGAUGCGGCGCCGCACUUGUUGAAGAGAACCACCAACCUUCGCCAACUGCCACUGAUGGUGCUGUCCUGUGCCUGCGGGGCAUUGAGCGUCGUCUUCAGCAAAUGCCUCUUUGGCUUAUUGAGGUACGAGCAGGUGGCCUUCAGCGAGGGGAGGCCGAACCUGGGCGCGGCCUGGAAUCUGCCGGCGUCGGUUAUCUUGCUGCUGUUUCUCACGGGGCUGGUCAUCAGUUGCGCAAUCCUGGCAACCAUGACGGUGUCCUUGAGCAUGAAGUAUUUUGCCUCGACCACCACUAUUACGCUUGAUUGCGGUCUAUCGUCAGAAAAAACUGCUUCACUGUGACGAUUUCUACAGAAGAGCAAUUUAUUUUUUGUUGUCAGCUGAAAAUGACAAAAAAUUAAGGUUCGCCUCGAGGCCAAAUGAAGAUCAGCAAUAAACUUCGGAAAUCAUUGCAAUGAAGCACUUUUUUCUCACGAUACGAUCUAGGCCUGGUACUCCAGAUGCUUAUUGGUGUCACCUUCUUCCAGGAGUACCUUAGGUUCUCCUACAGUUCCGCUGCCGGGACGCUCGGGGGCGCCAUGCUGAACCUGAUCGGCAUUGCUGUCAUAUCGUAUCUCCCGGAAAUGAAGGAGGGCGCGGAAGUCAAAGGGAAGUAAGUACAUAUGACGCACCAGCUCCAGUUCGUUGUCAAGGAGGAACAGUGCGCAAAUACCGCACGCAGCAGGACCAGGGUGAGCCCUCGCACAACACAUUUUCAUUUUGCGCUGUCGCUACGUUGACUUACUCUUGCGUUGCCGCUGGAGUUUUUAUGAUAGCACCAGUUUCAAAAUGAAGCAAAAGUAAACUCCUAAACUAUGACGGUCUGUUGAGUGCGCGUUGUCCUUGUCUCUCUACGGGAUGCUUUUACCGGAAUUUUUGUCGCUGACAACUUAAUACUUGACAGAAAAUGAGUACAACAGCAAUCAACCUGGCUUUGAUGUUAUGUACUUUGUACAGCUCGGCUCGCUGCGGUGUUUCUUUUUCAACUUUAGUACUAGACACGGAGAUUUGUGUUCCCAGCAGGUGCUGCACCGCGUGCCACGCGAAUUCAUUGUGACCUGGCCAGUGAGUGAAGUACUGCACUCUCACUACGACUGCUGUGACAUUCGCU